CGACUGAAGUGCGGACGAAUACCAGUGUUGGGCUCUUCCUGUCUGUGCAGCGUUGUGGCCACAGUCAGGUUUCCUCUCUGCUUGUGGAGCGCGCGCUAGUCGGUGUCAAACUCAACCAUGGCUGACCAACUAACAGAAGAGCAGAUCGCUGAGUUCAAGGAAGCAUUCUCCUUAUUCGAUAAGGACGGCGAUGGCACCAUCACCACUAAGGAACUGGGCACAGUCAUGAGGUCAUUGGGUCAGAACCCAACCGAGGCUGAGCUCCAGGACAUGAUCAAUGAGGUGGAUGCUGACGGUAAGCUUGCCUCCUUAAACAGUUUUAGUCAUAUGUUUGAUGCCAUAUUGAUUCUCUGUCACCCAGGCAACGGCACCAUCGACUUCCCUGAAUUCCUGACCAUGAUGGCGCGGAAGAUGAAGGACACUGACAGUGAAGAGGAGAUCAGGGAGGCGUUCAGAGUUUUUGAUAAGGAUGGGAACGGGUUCAUCAGCGCGGCCGAGCUGCGUCACGUGAUGACCAACCUCGGGGAGAAGUUGACCGAUGAGGAGGUGGACGAGAUGAUCCGAGAAGCCGAUGUCGACGGAGACGGACAGGUCAACUACGAAGAAUUCGUCCAGAUGAUGACAUCCAGAUGAACAGAUGCCUUUUCUUGCUGGCUGGAAAAACGGCAAAAAAAUCCAAAUGCCUGUCGAAACUCGUCUUUGGCGCCAAGCAGUUCGUCGCCACCUGCUGUUAUCUAUCUUGAUCAACUUCCUGUUUACUGUUUUCUCUCCCUCAUGCAUGGGUGGUGUUUAAGCACUGAUGCCUGCGGUGGCCGGUGACAGUGGGGUGGGGGGAGGCAGGUGGACCAGCACACCUGCAGUUUUUUUUGACAAAAGCACAAAGAAGUGACCACAGAUUUUAAGAAACUUUAAAAAGAUUUAUUACUCUCUGGUAUCUCAGGAUCCCUGAUCCUGCUUGUGUUUACUCUCUAGGGUCUGCAUGUGGGUCGAAUGGGUGGGUUGGCAAUACUAGCAACAUACGUGUGUGUGGUAAACAAUUGAUCUGGUGACGGUGUCUUUGUCGCACUUCUGCCUUGUGUGGGACCAGCCGUCAACCUGGUCCAACUGUUCUGCUCACUUAAUCUUGCAUUCCAAGUUGUACAUGCUGCUCUUUACAUUUGUUUUUCCAAUAAAAGAUGAUU